AUGUCUAGGGCUACUACACCGGACCCUGAGCCUCUAGUACAUGAUCGGACUGAACGUGAGGUGAGGUCAGAGCUGGCUGCAUCAUUAGAGCCGCCUGAUGACGGUGUCCUUGAGCCGGUCGUUGCACCAGGACCCGUCGAAAGAGACUCAGGUCUCUUUGAGUCGACCACUUCCAGUAUAGUUACCCCUGAUCAACCGCUCGGAGCGGUAGAUUUGGAACAAACCCCGAGUAGCCCAUCCCCCAAGCAACCGCGUAGGGCUGCUAGUGGUAAAAGUCUGACCCCAGCUGAGCAAAUCCCGCCAGAGGAAGAACAGGCGGAAACCCAGCCAGAUCCAUAUAUGGAGGAAUAUAUCAAUAGGAUCCUACUGGCUCGGGAGGAGCAGGACCGGCUGGAGGAUGAGCUCGAACAGGAGCGGCUAUAG